GCCGCGGAGCCUCCCCGCCCUCACCCUCUUUGCAGGUGGUGCGCCGCUGCCACCGGCCGGGCUCAUUGCUCCUGCCGGGGACACGCGCGCUCGCCCCGCGCUCUGCUGCUCCCGAGGAGAGCUGCGCCGCGCCGUCUCCCCGCUCCUGCCGCUUCCAUCGCUCUCCCUUAGCUCCCGGCCUCAAACUUUGCCCAUUCCGGGCUGUAAUCCGUUUGCAUCGCAACCGUCCCCUGCAGCAGCGCCCUGCCGGAGCUUGGGGGGAGAUGCGCCCUCCGCUCUAACCAGAGCGUUUACACACAAGUGGGAUCUGCCUCUGCUGCGAUCGGGGCCGGGUUCCAUCCCCCGGGAGCUCCUGCGUUCUGAGUGGCGGCAACUGCACCAUCCCUGGGAAGUCAGCCCCAGAAGAGCCAGGAUUUCCCCCCCGACCUUCUUCCCACUCUUCUUGCAAUAGCUGUUGGAAGUCACAGGCUCUCUCCGCAGCCGGAGAUCUUGCAUCGCCCUGCCUAGGUCCCACUGAUUUUUGCCUGUGGGUUGGGGACUUUUUUAAACCCUCCCCCCCUUGCCAUCUGUUUUCCCUGGAGUGUUGUUUUUUCAGGGGGGCGGGAAGGCAGGGAUGCUUGGGGGAAGGUGGGACUGAGCUUUCCCCCCCCCCAUUCCGUGCACAGUGCCUGCAAACAGCUAGCGAGCGCCGGGCAGAGGGAGAGAGCCCGCUUUGCAGCCCGGGGUCAACGGGACCUUGGGAUUGUCCUUUGCGCUGCAGGUUCGGGGGGCUUGGCGGAGAAGGAGGAUGCAUUUCUUCCCGUGGGGAUUUUGGCUUCUGUGUGUCGCCGCCUCCUCGGCUCGGGGUGACAGUGGCAGCAAAGCGAAGAGCUGCACCGAGGUCCGGCAGUUUUAUGCGACCAAAGGAUUCAGCCUGCACGGGGUACCCCAGGCGGAGAUCUCAGGGGAACACCUGAGAAUCUGCCCGCAGGGCUACACCUGCUGCACCAGCGAGAUGGAGGAGAAUUUCGCAAAAAAAAGCCAAAGUGAAUUUGAAGACAUGAUGACAGAAGCCAGCCGCUCUGCACAGGUGACCCUAACAUCUCAGUACAAAAACUUUGAUGGUUAUUUCCAGGAUUUGUUGAACAAGUCAGAGAAGGCCCUCCAUGACACUUUUCCUAGCACGUAUGGAGAGCUGUACAGCCAGAACGUCAAGGACUUCUUCAAGGAAUUGUACAGUGAGCUGCGGCGCUAUUACCGGGGCUCCAACAUCAACCUGGAAGAGGCCCUCAACGAGUUCUGGACACGCCUGCUGGAGCGCCUCUUCAAGCUGAUGAAUCCCCAGUACCACAUCACUGACGAGUACCUGGACUGCAUGGUGAAACACUCCGAGCAGCACAAGCCCUUUGGAGAAGUUCCGAGGGACCUGAAGCUGAAGGCGACGAGAGCUUUCAUCGCAGUGCGCUCCUAUGUGCAGGGGCUUAGCGUGGGCAGUGAUGUUGUCAAAAAGGUCUCUCAGGUGUCUCUUAGCCAUGAGUGCACUCGUGCCAUAAUGAAGCUGGUGUACUGUCCGUAUUGCCGGGGCAUGUCUAGUGUGAAGCCAUGCAACAACUACUGUCACAACGUCAUGAAGGGCUGCCUGGCCAAUCAAGCAGACCUGGACACGGAAUGGAGGAACCUGAUUGAUUCUAUGCUGCUGGUGGCUGACCGGUUUGAUGGACCAUCCAAUGUAGACACUGUAAUUGGUACCAUUCACACCCGGAUUGCUGAAGCCAUUUCUAACAUGCAGGAAAACAGAGAGUCUAUCACAGCCAAGGUUUUCCAAGGUUGUGGAAAUCCCAAAAUCAGCACAAAAGCAUCCAGUGGAGAGGAUAAGAAAAGAAGGGGAAAAGCUGUCACUGACGAUAAAUCCUCAGGGCUUGGACUGGAGAAGCUAGUUUCUGAUGCCAAAGGGAAGCUGAGAGAUAUCAAGGAUUACUGGGUUGCCCUUCCAAGCACACUUUGCAAUGAGAAAAUAACAUCCGGCUCGGUGAACGAGGACAAGUGCUGGAACGGAAUGGCCAAGGGGAGGUAUUUACCAGAGGUGAUGGGAGAUGGUCUGGCCAAUCAGAUUAAUAAUCCAGAGGUAGAGGUGGACAUCACCAAGCCAGAUAUGACCAUUCGUCAGCAAAUCAUGCAGCUGAAGAUCAUGACAAACCGACUGCGCAAUGCAUACAAUGGGAAUGAUGUGGAUUUCCAGGAUGCUAGUGAUGACAUCAGUGGCUCUGGGAGCGGUGAUGGCUGCCCUGAUGAGGUCUGCGGCAAAAGACUUUCCAAGAACCCCAGCACCAGGCAGCCAGAAGUACAUGCUAUUCCUAACCAGUCUGGACGUGGCAUAAAUGGGGCCAGCAGCAAAUUUUUGCCUUCCUCCUUCCUAAUCUUCCUUUCUGUGGCUGUUAUUGCAACGCAGUACUUGCGGCGGUAACUUACUUGCACAGCCAUGAAAGAGACUGUGGCUGAGGUCUUAACUUUG